CCACUUUCUCCGGCCACGGCGCAGGUAGCCACGCGUAGCCCGGGACCAUGGUGGUGCUGAAAGGAAUCCCCUCGCUGCUCUCCCCCGAGCUGCUCUUCGCCCUGGCGAAGAUGGGGCACGGAGACGAGAUUGUUCUUGCAGAUGCCAAUUUUCCAACUUCUUCCAUAUGCCGUUGUGGCCCAGUGGAAGUCAGAGCAGAUGGCUUGAGCAUCCCACAGCUACUGGAGUCCAUUUUGAAGCUGCUACCCUUGGAUACUCAUGAGCCAAAUUCGGUAGUGGUCAUGGAUCCGGUAGAGAGUGACAAGGCCAAAGGUCUCCAGACACCUGAUGUGUGGCAAACCUACAAAAGUCUCCUGUCUCAGGCUGGCUUCAGGGAGAACCUGGGGAAGAUGGAACGGUUUGCUUUUUAUGAACAGGCAAAAAAAGCUUUUGCUGUGGUUGCGACGGGGACCAGCCUACUUGAGAUUGGAGAGUCAUGUCACCAAAUUGGAAACAGAAGGAUGAACUUUUCAGCCACAAAAAUUCUUGAAGACUAAGACUGAUCAUAUCGAUGGGGUAGUGGGACUUGGACCCCCAAAAGCCCUAAGGCCAUGUCUCUGAAAGUAGGACCCUCACACUCCCCUCUGCCCUGUGAGAAAAUUUUCCCUUGUUCUGUGCCUGACUCUGUAAUUCCCUUAUCAGGACAGAGACAGGGAUACUGUCCCAAGGACUCUCUUUUUGGCACCAGAUCCCCAAGGUCCAUGUCUCUGACAACUCCCUCAAUGUCUGGUAUACUC